UUUUUUUUGUCCUCACCUAAUUAUUCUUUUCUUCUGUUCUAUCUUCAUUCCUCACCCACACAAUGAGAUAGAUUAACCCAUUUCCCACUACACAUUAAAUAUCUUCUGGUAUUGGUCACUGCUGUUAUCACGAUUUUGUUACUCUGUCAAAACAGAACCAUUCCACCUGUAACAAUGGAAAAUCUCCAGUUUUUAUAAACUCCUCAGGCCUAAGCAGCCAUCUGUAAGUAAGUUCACUUUCUCCUUUCUUCCAUAUUUUGGUUUUUUCCUCUCAAAAUUUGAUCUUUCUUUUCUUAUAUUCAAGAGUUGCUUACUACCCUUUUAGCUCCUCUGUUUUCGCUGCUAAGAAAAGAGUAUUGAAUUGGGUAUUGGAGAUUCUUGUGAGAUCUGAUCAAUUGGUGGACUUGGUGGGUUAUGGGUUAUGUGGGUUAUGUAGUUCAGGGCUUCUGUAGAUUUGUACAGGGAAGAUGAACUGUGGAUGUUUCUGAUCAUUUUGGGAUGAGAAUUGAAGUUCUAAGAUUACAGUGAGAUUGUAAUGAAUAAUAAGGUUCUGGGUUUUCUAAUACAGUUGUUGUUGAUGGCAAUUAUCAUCUCUGUGAUACUAUUGUUCGUGGGCAUCGCUUUUUUGAUCUUAGUCCAUGUUUGUGUUGUUGGGAGAGCUUUUCGGAGAGGGUUCAGUGCUGGUAGCAGUAUAGAAGAGAGGAGCAGUAAUAGAGGUGAUAGAAUGUCCAUUGAUGAUCUUGAGAAGCUUCCAAGCUUUGAAUUCAAAACAGGGGAGAAAGGAAACAAUGAUGUUGAUUGUGCUGUUUGCUUGGAAAGUUACAAUCUUGGUGAGAAAUGCAGAUUAUUGCCUAUUUGUAAACAUAGUUUUCAUGCUCAAUGUGUAGAUUCAUGGUUGUUGAAGACACCAAUUUGUCCGAUCUGUCGAACCAUUGUUGAUUCUCGGAAGUACAGUGAAGCAAUUGAGUUGAGAGAGAUCCAGUCGGUUAUGGUUGAGACUGAAUUGGGUUCUAAUCCAUUUAUGUUGCAGACUGCUUCUGCUUCCCAAAUUUGAAAAAACCACAUAAUGAUGUGUAUCUUACAGACAAAUCUUUAUUUUCUUUUCUUGAAAGGAUGAUUCAAACAAUUGGGUUUUUUUUUCCUUC